AUGGAGCCGCCGGCGGGCGCGCAGGGCCAGCACGAGCCCAUCAGCUUCGGCAUCGACCAGAUCCUCAACAGCCCCGAGCAGGACAACGCGCCCCCGCCGCCCCCCCGGGGCCCCGACGGCGCGACCUUCCUGGGCGGCCCCGGCGGCCGCGGCGGCGCGCCCUACCCGGCGCUGCCGGCCCCUUUCCCGGCCAUCGCCGCGCCCUUCGAGGACUCUGGAUCUUACAGUGUGAACCUCAGCCUGGCACCGGCCGGCGUGAUCCGGGUGCCGGCGCACAGGCCCAUCCCCGGGGCCGUGCCGCCGCCCAUCUCCAGCGCCAUCCCGGCCAUGCCCGCCGUGCCCAGCCUGGGCAGCCUCAACUUCCCCUGGAUGGAGAGCAGCAGGCGCUUCGUCAAGGACCGCUUCACAGCGGCGGCGGCGCUGACGCCCUUCACGGUGACCCGGCGGAUCGGGCACCCCUACCAGAACCGGACUCCGCCGAAGCGCAAGAAGCCGCGGACGUCCUUCUCCCGGGUGCAGAUCUGCGAGCUGGAGAAGCGCUUCCACCGGCAGAAGUACCUGGCCUCGGCCGAACGCGCUGCCCUCGCCAAGUCACUCAAGAUGACGGACGCGCAGGUGAAGACCUGGUUCCAGAACCGGCGCACCAAGUGGCGGCGGCAGACGGCGGAGGAGCGGGAGGCCGAGCGGCAGCAGGCGAGCCGGCUGAUGCUGCAGCUGCAGCACGACGCCUUCCAGAAGUCGCUGAACGAGUCGAUCCAGCCCGACCCGCUGUGCCUGCACAACUCGUCGCUGUUCGCGCUGCAGAACCUGCAGCCCUGGGAGGAGGAGAGCGCCAAGAUCCCCCCGGUCACCUCCCUCGUCUGA